CCCGCGUCUGGCCCUCGUACCCAGACAAGAUGAAAAAGCCAGAGUGAAGGGAACCUUGAGUAACCGAAGGAGAAACAACUCCGAUGCCCUCUCUCUCUCUCUCUCACGCCGUGCUUCGACAUGGAUCAGGACGACGAGAACCCAUCAAAUAUCAAUAGGAAAAGAAAGUUGCAGCCUGAGCUCUUGGUUCUGCCUCUGCCGAAGCACCAAUGCUGGGAUCAAGGCACUAUUCAAUUCUCUACCUUCAAUAAGCACCUAGAAAAAGAUGACAUCUCUAAAGUUGCAAUCAAGGGAAAGGUGGACGUAAGUGAUAACAACGAUGGUACAAGACCUGAAUCGGAAAAGGAUAGUUACAGUUUUGUGGAAUAUUCUGAUUCCACUAUGUCGUUGUAUGGAAUGGAUAACUGUGAAACCGAGUCCACCUCAAUAUCCAACUUGCAUUCAGUGUUGUCCACCAGUUGCGGGUGUGCGAAUUCAGAGAAUCCAUCUUAUUCAUCGCAUAGCACGAUGGUUCUGGAUAAAGAGGAUAGUAAUGAUAAUCUAGUGCCAGGUCUUCAAGACGUCAUUCCUCUCAGUCACAACAGUCAAUUACGAGUAAAACAGAUCUUGGAGGAACAUCUCCUUGAAUUUGGAAACCAUGCAGAUCACAUAUGCUUGGAAGAGGGAAAGGACUUCAUCGACCAAUGCCAUGAUGAUGAAACUGAAGAUAUCAUCUACUCCAAUGGGGAGCCUUCUAAUAAUUUUGUCCUUUCCUCUGGAAGAUGGAUUGUCAACCGAGAAGCCCAACACAGUACGAGAAGACCAACAAUAGACCAGGAGUUUGAGCAGUACUUCUCCAUGCUCAUGCUGUAGCAGGGCAUUGCCGGAAAUAGACAUCAAAUGUAGAUAUUACUAAUAUCAGCUUCCUAGAUUAUCGCCCUGUACUCUGCCUUAGGUACAGAGAUCUUAAAUCAGUCUUGCCUUACUUUUCAGUUGUUGCAUACUCUAUAAUAAAUACAAGUGCUAGCAAAACUUGAGUGAACUGUCUUUGAUGAUAUAUUGCCCUGUUUUUGGUUGGGAUGUAUGUA